AUGGCCCCUCUCAAGAUGACUGUUCUGCCAUGGCUGGCAGCGUUGCCUAUGGCCUCUGCAUGGGGCGCCCUAGGCCAUACCACGGUAGCUUACCUCGCCCAGAAUCUCGUCUCCCACAAGACGGCCAAAUUCGCUCAGCAGCUCUUGAACGACACUUCGCCUACCUAUCUCGCCAGUGUUGCAACAUGGGCUGACAGCUACCGGAACGAGAAAGGCGGGGAAUUCUCCUCGGUGUACCACUACAUUGACGCCCUAGACAACCCGCCCACAAGCUGCAACGUCAACUAUGAGCGCGACUGCGCCGAAGAAGGCUGCAUCGUCUCUGCCAUCGCCAACUACUCCAGCCGCGCCGUGACCCCCUCCAUCGGCCUACUCGAGCAGCAAAAAGCACUGAAAUGGGUGAUCCACUUCAUCGGCGACAUCCACCAGCCCUUGCACGUCGAAAACUAUGCACUUGGCGGCAAUCAAAUCAACGUCACCUUUGCCGGCGCCAGGACCAACCUCCACGCCAUCUGGGACACGGCGAUUCCGCAAAAAGCCAUUGGCAAUUUCUCGCAGGCUACAGCCGCGUCGUGGGCUGCUAAUCUAACGGCGGAGAUUAAGCAUGGGCGCUACAGGAAGGAAUCCAAGACCUGGGCCAAAGGCCUCAAGGUGAAGAAUCCAAUCGACACAGCCAUGAUUUGGGCGAGCGACGCCAAUCAAUUCGUCUGCUCGACUGUAAUGCCCGAGGGCCCGGACGCUGUGUUCGGCAAGGAAUUGUCUGGCGCGUAUUAUGAGACUGCGAUUCCGGUUGUCAGGAAGCAGAUUGCCAAGGCUGGGGUGCGAUUGGCGGCUUGGUUGGAUGCUGUGGUCGAACGGGCGGAGAAGGGCGGGUAUGGACAGUUUGGGGCGGAGAAGGGCGGGUAUGGACAGUUUGAGGCGGAGAAGAGGGUAGUGCGGAAGGAGACUGAGUUGGAGCCAUGGAUGCGGGAGGCCAGAAAGGCGAGGAGGGAUUUUGGGGGCGACUGUGGGUGUACAGUGGAGGGGCAUGGUCACUAG